GAGCAUAGGUUCGUCGACCAGCUUGAGAGAAAAUAAAAAAAGAAAAGAAGGGAAUUUGAAAAGAGUAUAGAAAAAGAAGAAGAGCCGGAAGAAGAAGAAGAACGCACAUAUACAUACGUGGGAUUUCCCACCGGGAGUGGACGUACGACGGGACUAUGGCGUUUUGUCAUUUCGAGGCUCAAGAAACGUCAUGAGUCAAUCUGUCCAACUAGACGCCCAUUCCAUCGACACGCCCCGAUCUGCAGUUGCCGAACCCUUAUCCCUGGACACGUUACCCUCUUCGCUUUCGGAAGAAACAUCUGACAUGAGUUCAUCCAACGCGGCGGCUACAGCAGCAGCUAGCAGUGAAAAAACGACCUCCAACCGUGUCGUCGUCCCGAGAACUACCUCCACUCUUACUUCUAGUACAGCUACAACAGCAGCAGGUGGUUCAAACUCGCAUCUUCCAUCAGCAGGCCACCAACAACACCGGACGGCCGUCAACCGCAGCAACACUUCCGGCGAAGGAGGUCUGGUCAUGGUGGCUACUUCGCUGGCCGCUCCGUCCAGCAGGGCCAAUAGUGCCGAACCCUUUAGCAAUGUAAGAGAAAAAACAAAAAAUUAA